GAAGCCAGGCGAGUCCUGCUGGUCAGUGUGCUCAGCCUGAGACACGUGCAUGCUUUUGCAGGUAAAGCAGCCAGCGUGAGUUGCCUUGAUCCUUCCGGUGCUGCAGGCGAGAAAGUUUCUACCGCUUUCGAAUUCCUGCUGUGCGGCCCCUCGCCCCCGCCCCACCGCACCUCGGGGGACAGAUCGCACUUUGCCCGGGCGAAACAAUGGGCUUGAAAGAAACUCUUCGCCGCCUCGCGGUGGGGCUGAUGCUGCUGGUGUUUUGCAGCCGGGGGUCCUUCGGCGUGCCCACUUUUAGGAAGGAAAGAGCCGUGCAUCCCGACCCCGAGCUCACGGAUCGGCAGCACGAAGACAACCAGAGCUUCCAGUACGACCACGAGGCCUUCCUGGGCAAAGAAGAAGCCAAAACUUUCGAUCAACUCACCCCAGAAGAAAGCAAAGAAAGACUGGGGAAAAUUGUCAAUCGAAUCGAUGAUAACAAAGAUGGCUUCGUGACAGCAGAGGAAUUGAAAAACUGGAUUAAACGAGUGCAGAAACGCUACAUCUUUGAAAAUGUGGCUAAGGUCUGGAAGGAUUAUGACCUCAACAAAGACAAUAAAAUUUCCUGGGAAGAAUACAAACAAGCCACAUACGGCUAUUACCUAGAAAAUCCAGCAGAGUUUCAAGAUGCAACAGAGCAGCACAGUUUUAAAAAAAUGCUGCCCAGGGAUGAAAGAAGAUUCAAAAGAGCUGACCUGGAUGGUGACUCAGAAGCCACCCGUGAGGAGUUCACAGCUUUCCUUCACCCGGAAGAAUUUGAGCAUAUGAAAGACAUCGUUGUUCUCGAAACACUGGAGGACAUAGACAAAAAUGAAGAUGGAUUUGUGGAUCAAGAUGAAUACAUUGCGGAUAUGUUUGCCCAUGAAGACGGCGGUCCAGAACCUGACUGGGUAAUAACGGAACGUGAACAGUUUGCGGAUUUUCGGGAUCUAAACAAAGAUGGGAAGAUGGAUAAAGAGGAGAUUCGGCACUGGAUUCUCCCACAGGACUAUGAUCAUGCACAAGCCGAAGCCAGGCACUUAGUCUAUGAAUCAGAUGUAGACAAGGACCAAAGGUUAACCAAAGAAGAGAUUCUGGACAACUGGAAUAUGUUUGUUGGAAGCCAAGCUACAAAUUAUGGAGAAGACCUCACAAAAGACCAUGAUGAACUAUGAUAAGUCUUUGAAAAUCAAAUACAUCAGAGACUUGAGUCUGGUUUUCCUGUACAUGACCAAAAUAACAUUGGUUAUUUUGACAGACUGGUUUUGCACACACACACACAUAUAUAUUUUUACAAAGCUAUUCUAUUAGCACCGUUGAAUGCAGUAGUUACCACUUCUUUUUUAUUUGCACAUUUAAUGAUAGAUUUCAACAUAAUUUGGGAAAUGCACUUUCCAAUUACAGCUUGAUACACUUUCACCUCAAUCCUAAAUACGUGAACUUGGACUUCAUACUGAAAUCAGUGAGACUUAACUAGCAAAAUGCAGUAAGAUGGACCAGCUGUAUGCAGUAUAUCCAUUGCUGUCCUACACUACUUCCCACUGGAGGUGGUGGUUGUCAGCUUGAAUGUUGCAGCGCUUCCUCAUGGCAUCUCAAGGAGAAAGGUAGGUUAGACAUUUCUCCCUGACGUGCUGGAUUUCUUGGUAUGGGGAUUUCCCCCUUCAUGUGGGAGAGCAUUCAACCCUUUUGAUCUGUCACCUACAACAGCAGAAACAUCGCAUGAAGUGAGAGGCCUUGUACAGCUGCUUUUCCCAAUCUGGCACUCUCCAGAUGUGUUGGACUACAACUCCCAUCAUCCUCAGCCAGCACAAUGGUGGCCAUGCUCAUUGGGGAUUAUGGGAGUUGUAUCUUGAGGGCAUCCGGUUAGGGAAGGCUGGUGUACAGUAACUCUUUAUUCUAAGUGUACGUGCUCCGGAUCUCCUUCUAUACAGAAAACCAGGAGCAGAGCAGGAGUAUGUAUAGUCAGUGCUGCACUCAUGGUGCCUUUGUCAGCAGGCAGAU